AUGGGGGACAACAGAGCGGUAAAGCAAAAAACCUCAUCAAGGAAGGAUGAUAAUGUCGUAGCGAAAGUAGCGACUUAUGGGCACCGCAAUCCGAUCCACAUCCCACCUGGUUUUAUAUUGAAGGUACCUAUUAGCCUGACUUGCACGGAGUGCUUGCGUGAGUUCCAACCUAAGCCACUCGGUGCGUUACGCCUUAAGGAAGUCGAGGGCCAGAUCGAGGAGCUCAGCAUAUGCCAACCGUGCAUGACGAAGAAUCCGUUCUUAUUCAGGUACUUGGUCAAGUACGCAAGUCGCCCGAGAGACAAGGGCAAGCCCCUGAGUCGACUGCAGAAAACGGUCAAGAGGUUGGAGCUGAUGAGGCUCAAACUGGAAUCGUCCAAGUCUGUUUACAGCGAGACCCAAGCACCAGAUGCGAAGGCGAGGACGGAUCGGGCCAUACAGCUCGUGACAGAUCUGAUCAUGAAAUUUGAGGACUUCCAAAGCGAGGAAGAACAACAAGAAAACGAGGAAGAACUAACACAAGAAAGCGAGGAAGAACUAGAACGAGAAAUCCAAAAACGAGAACACGAAUACCAACUAGAGCAACAAGAAAAAGAAUUGGAACAGCUACUAUGGCUGAAAGAGCAAAAAGAUCGACUGAAAAAAAAAUGGCUAAAACAACAACAUAUCCAACAGCAACAACGGGACAAACAACAGGAAAGCGAAAAGUCCCACAACAAGAAAGCCAAACACAACUGGAAAACGAACAGCAAGAAAACGAACAACAAGAAAACCAGCAACAUGAAGAGCAACAACAAGAAAACCAACAACAAGAACACAAACAGGAAAGCGAACAAGAAAAACGACGAAAACAACGAGAAAUCGAACGUCAACAAGAACGAGAACGCCAUCGACAAGAAAACGAAGAAGUUGAAGCACAAUUCCAGAACAAAAAAGAAGGAGUACUAA